CUGUUUCUAAAGGCCUCCUGCAGAGCUUCUCUAUUGAUUGAGUAGAUUACAGUUAUGUAAUGUGGGGAGGUUGAUGAAAGAGAAGAACUAAUGAUAAUAGCUUAAUGUAAAAGGUAUGACACUGUGGGUGGCGCUCAGUAUAAGGUUUGGGGAUUUAUUGGAGAGGACAAAGUGAAGGAGGCACAGUUACAAUGGCUCUCUACCAGUUUCUCUGGGGUUCAACCCUGAUGAUCGUUCUCUUAUCCAGAGGAUGUCAUUCACAGCCGCCAGUAUGUGGCCAGGCUGUACUCAACACCAGAAUUGUGGGAGGUCAAGAUGCACCUCCAGGAAGUUGGCCCUGGCAGGCCAGUUUGCAGGCUGAUGGUAGUCACUUCUGUGGAGGGUCCCUAAUUAACAAUCAAUGGGUGCUGACAGCUGCUCACUGCCUGAAAGAAACUGACCUCGGAACUGUAGUGUAUUUGGGCCUCCAAAGCCAGUCGAGUCCAAACUUGAAUACAAUGAUACGGGGAACGAGUAUGAUCAAAUGCCAUCCUUCUUAUGGCUUAGUGACCAACGUCAACAUCCAGGACAACGACAUAUGUCUCCUGAAGCUGUUGGCGCCUGUGAAUUUUACGGACUACAUACAACCGAUCUGCUUGGCCUCAGAAAACAGCACUUUCAACACCGGGGUUGAAAGCUGGGUCACUGGUUUUGGUGUUACGGAUAAUGGUACACUUUCCGACAUCCUGCAGGAGGUGAAGGUACCGAUAGUGGGAAACAAUGAGUGCAGAUGCACCUAUGGUGAUCUUACAGGGAACAUGAUGUGCGCUGGGGUCCCAGCUGGAGGGAAGGAUUCAUGCCAGGGAGACUCAGGGGGGCCACUGGUGACCAAACAAGGGUCUACGUGGAUCCAGAGUGGGGUUGUGAGUUAUGGUCGAGGCUGUGGCUUACCUAUGAUUCCUGGAGUUUACACCCGUGUGUCCCAGUACCAGGAAUGGAUCAGCAGCAUUAUCGUUGGCAGCAGCAAACCCGGCUUUGUUGACUACACCUCUGCAGGAAAUGACAGAGACCAGUUCUUUGAAUGUCCAGGAACAACAACACCCCCCCCCCCAACCACCACAACUGAUGGUAACAGUGUGUUUGACAGUGGUGAAAGCAUGAUCCACUUCUCCCGCUUCCCCUCACUCUGCCUUCUAGUUAUUUUGCUCUAUGUGCUGGGCGGAGCUUAACAUGGAAAUGUCAAACUACAGUUUAGGGUUUCCGUGCCCAAAUGUCUCAUUCACUCUGUUUGAUAUGAGCUUUCUUCUUUCAAUGUAGAAAAUAUGAAAGUAGAAAUACAGAACUAAAACAUUUUAUGAAAUCAAUUGCAAUAAAAUGUUGUAAUAAUCACAG